CGCCGCCGCAGUAGCCAUGGCUGCCGAGGGGGUGGACGAGCGCUCGCCGCUGCUCUCGGCGCCCAGCUCCGGCAAUGUCACCCCCACGGCGCCGCCCUAUUUGCCCGACAGCAGCCCCCGAGCAGAGCUCCCCCCUCCGUAUACGGCGAUCGCAAGUCCGGAUGCCAGCGGGGUCCCCGUGAUCAACUGCCGGGUGUGCCAGUCCCUGAUCAACCUGGAUGGCAAGCUGCACCAGCACGUGGUCAAGUGCACCGUUUGCAAUGAAGCUACGCCAAUCAAAAACCCUCCUUCAGGGAAGAAAUAUGUUAGAUGUCAAUGUAACUGUCUCCUUAUCUGUAAGGAUACAUCUCGGAAAAUAGGCUGUCCACGACCAAACUGUAGACGCAUCAUUACUCUUGGUCCAGUAAUGCUGAUUCCAGAGGAGCAGCCAGCUCAGCCUGCCUUGCCAGUCCAACCAGAUGGGACCAGAGUGGUAUGUGGGCACUGUGGAAAUACGUUCCUUUGGAUGGAACUGAGGUUUAACACACUGGCAAAGUGUCCACACUGCAAAAAAAUCUCCUCUGUGGGAAGCGCGCUGCCCCGGAGACGCUGCUGUGCCUACAUCACCAUUGGAAUGAUCUGCAUCUUCAUUGGAGUGGGACUGACUGUUGGUACACAAGACUUUGCCAGGCGAUUCCAUGCAACAUACGUCUCUUGGGCUGUUGCUUAUCUCCUAGGUUUAAUCUGCCUCAUUCGAGCCUGCUACUGGGGAGCCAUAAAAGUCAGUUAUCCAGAGCACAGUUUUGCAUAGAGCAAUUGGUAGAUUAUAGCAGAUGAACAUCUAGUAAUUCUGGAUAUUACAUCCUGGACACUUUUAAAACCUUUCCUGUAAGGAUUCCAUUCUGUUCAAAAUAGUUUUAAGACUGGGGGUCUUUAAGAACAAAUGUUCAUUGCACUACAUAAUAUGCAACUAGUUUGUUUUGCUGCUAGAUUCCCUAGCUCUGAAUACUAAAGCUUUGUUUACAUGUUCAUAACUCUGUCUUUGUAGGUGUUGAAUUUCAUUCCAACGGACAGUAUUAAGUUUUACAUUUCCUUUGUUAUGUUAAAAAUCAGUCUGCCUUUUUUUUUUUUAGGUUAUCAGUGAGAAUUCAAAAGCAAGAGUGUUUAUAAGUGUUUCUACAGUAGCACCACAUUUGUACUUACCAUUUUAACGACGAAUAUAUUCAAGUGGCUUGCUUUAAAACCUAAGCAAUAAGCACUUUGCUUGAACUGCUUACUGUAUCUUUUUGCCUAAGAUCAUAGUGACCUUAUUCAGGAAAUUAAAUUUAUGAGUGUUCUUUAAAAGACUGACACUGUUGCUAGAGAGACAUUUGUAAACACUGUACGCUUUGAGAUUUUUUUUCAGGUAGAAAGAUGCAAUAUUUUGGUAGUCUAAUUAAAUUUCCAUCCAGGAUGGAUUUUGGUUGGAAUAAUGCUUUCUCCUUGAGAAUCCUGGGAUUUGGCUUUUGUAUUUUUCUUUCCUCCCCCCACCCUUUCUCCUUCCUCCUUUCUGUUUAACUGGCAAAUCCUAAAGCCAUGCUUGGAGCACAGACCUGAACUCUGGUUACUUGUACAAGUUCCUCUGCAGGGCCUAAGGGAAGCAUUUCAUGUUACAUGUUUGUAAGCCUUCAAUGCCAUGUAGCCAACAACAGGGUGGUGAUGGGUUGCCUCUUACUUUCCUCUGAUCAUGUCAGAUUUUUGCUCUGUUCAGGAGAGAUGCGCACUGGUCACGGCAAAGGGAGACACUCUCACUUCACAUUAACUGAGAAAAUAAAUAAGUACUUGGAUCAUUCCAUCAAAGUCCACCUAGUCGACUUAGCUCUGACUUUCCCAGAGAAUACGGAAGCAGAAAGGUUUUUUCUAAUGAUGUAUUCACAAAGGAUCGAGGGACCAGUUCUUGCACUGCCCAUCUUUAUAGUUUUAAACAAGUUUUUGCUAAAUUCAGAAGGAAUGUCCUGAGUGGUUUAGAUGACUGUAGUAACUUAGAUAAUGGGGUCAGAUGGGUAACUUAAUGUGGAUGUUUCAGGGAUACAUGUAAUUUAAAUUAUCUAUGUUCCUGCAAGGACAAAAUGAUAUUCAGAUAAGGAUUUUUGAGCACAAUAAAUGUAAAUGAUCAACCUGUAAAUGAUCUGU